GGGACAUAGACGAUCUUUGCUCUACAGUAAUAUCUGGACCCUGUCAGUGCUGCUGUCCACAGACCUGUCUGUCUGCCUCCGUCUGUAUCAGCUGCUGGACACAAGCGACCAUGGCACCUGGGAAGAAGAACAGGGUGUUUGUCAUCGGUGUGGGCAUGACAAAGUUCGACAAGCCUGGAGUCCGAGACAACUAUGAUUACCCUGAUAUGACCAAGGAAGCAGGUCAGAAUGCUCUAGCAGAUGCAGGAAUCCCGUAUUCUGCCAUUGAACAAGCAUGUGUAGGAUAUGUGUAUGGGGACUCCACAUGUGGGCAGAGGGCCAUUUACCACAGCCUGGGCCUGACCGGGAUCCCCAUCAUCAACGUCAACAACAACUGCUCCACAGGCUCCACAGCUCUCUUCAUGGCUCGGCAGUUGGUUCUGGGAGGUCUUGCUGACUGUGUGCUUGCCCUCGGGUUUGAGAAGAUGGAGAGGGGCUCUUUGUCCUCAAAGUAUAUGGACAGGACCAAUCCCAUGGACAAGCACAUGGAGGUGAUGAUCAACCGCUACGGCAUGGUGGCAGCUCCAGCAGCACCACAGAUGUUCGGGAACGCUGGCAGAGAGCACAUGGAGAAAUAUGGUACAAAACCGGAACACUUUGCCAAAAUUGCCUGGAAAAACCACAAGCAUUCCACCAACAACCCGUAUUCCCAGUUCCAGGAUGAGUACAGUUUGGAGCAGGUGAUUAACUCCAGGAAGGUGUUUGACUUCCUUACUCUACUGCAGUGUUGCCCUACGUCAGAUGGUGCUGGAGCAGCUGUUUUGGCCAGCGAGGCCUUCGUCAGGGAACACCAUCUGGAGAACCAGGCAGUGGAGAUUGUGGCCCAAGAGAUGGUGACAGACCUCUCCUCCACGUUUGAAGAAAACAGCUGCAUUAAGAUGGUGGGAUAUGACAUGUCUCAGACGGCUGCCAAAAAGUGUUAUGAAGCUGCAGGUCUGAAGCCAAGUGACGUUGAUGUGGUCGAGCUGCACGACUGCUUCUCAGCCAAUGAGCUCAUCACUUAUGAGGCUCUGGGGCUGUGUCCAGAGGGUAAAGCAGGAGAGCUGAUUGACAGAGGGGACAACACGUAUGGAGGCAAAUUUGUGAUCAAUCCCAGCGGUGGUCUUAUCUCCAAAGGACAUCCUCUGGGUGCCACAGGUCUGGCCCAGUGUGCAGAGCUGUGCUGGCAGCUCCGAGGGCAGGCUGGCAGGAGGCAGGUCCCAGGGGCAAAAGUGGCCUUGCAACACAACAUUGGCUUAGGAGGAGCUGUGGUUGUCGCUCUCUACAGGAUGGGAUUCCUUCAGGAGGCCAGUUCCCACGUAGCUGCAGUUCCCACCAGCUCAGGCAGUGGUCUGGAGGGGUUUAAAGCUUACCCUGUCUUCAAAGAGAUCGAAAACCGUCUUCAUGAGGAUGGAGAGCAGCUUGUCAAGAAGAUUGGUGGAGUGUUUGCUUUUAAAGUGAAGGAUGGACCAGGCGGGAAAGAGGCGACUUGGGUCGUGGAUGUGAAAAAUGACAAAGGUUCUGUCACCAGUGACCCAGGUAAAAAGGCAGACUGCACCUUAUCCAUGAGUGACGAGGAUCUUCUGGAUCUGAUGACAGGAAAGUUGAACGCACAAAUGGCGUUCUUCAAAGGGAAACUGAAGAUCUCUGGGAACAUGGGCCUGGCUAUGAAGCUGCAGAACCUCCAGGUCACACCAGGCAAGGCCAAGCUGUGAGCGAGCUUUGUUUCCUCUGAUCAGCACUUCAAGGACAAAUUAGUUGGAAAAUUUUAUCCCUCCUAUUGAAUUUUGUUAAUCAACAAGUUCCUCCAAUACUUUGAUAGUGUAUUUGAUCUUGAGAUACAGUCCAUAAAGUUUCACUUACAGCUGCUACUUUAAUAUCAGAACACACUGUGUAGUACUUACAGAAUUAUUAAUAUCCAUAUUGCUGGAUCUUAUACACCCAUUAUGUUUAAGUCUGAUUUAAAUUCUGAAACAUCCAGUGAGUCUUUAGGAGCUGCUUCAUGUCAAAGAUAUGUGGCACUCCUCAGAGUUUGAUUAAUCCUGUAGUCAAAACACUCAAUGUGCCUCUAAUUCCCAUCUGUCUGAAUGAAUCUUGUGGUUUAAAGCCAUUUAUGGCCUCAACCGUUUUGAUAGAUCAUUUUGUAUAGAAUAUAUAUCUGUGUAAGGGCAAUUAUCUGAUUUUUAAAAAAUAAAUAAUUUACUGACAAUAACAACUUCUGAUUUUUUUCCCCCUUAAAGGUAGUCCUGGUCCAUAAUUAUAUCUAAUUCUUUAUACCUCAUCAUAUUGUGAAACAACAUUUUGCAUUCACAUGAGAACUACUCUAACAAAUAGUAUUUUAUUUUAGUACAAUACUAGGAAAAUAUUUGAGUCAAUAAUUUGCAGUUUUACUUUCUACUUACAAUGUCAUUAUAUUUUUGUAGAUAUAAUAAAUCUACGUGUUUGGGGAAACUAGCCUAAUAUAAAUAGAAGUUGUUUCUUUGUGCCCCUUUUUAAAUUCAGACGUGAAUAGAAUCUCUUGCAUUGACCAGAUGCAGCUCCCUGGUGUAACAAUGCACCAACAAAAUGUUACAGCUAGUUCAGUCAGCAAACUCAUGUGGAAUAGACAAAUAUUAUGUGCAUGUAGAAUGUGUACAGUAUUGAUGUUUGGGGUCCAAGGUCUGACCUUCGCACUCCCCGAACACCAGGCUCAACACAGCAGAGAGUAUGAAGUGGCGAUAAUAAUCUUGAAAACCUACAGGUGGAUGCUGAGGGGGAGGUGAAACUUUUGAAAUGCUCUCUUACAAUUUCUGAAAAAAGAUAAUAUGAAUGGCUCAUAAAUGGCUACAUAGCUGAGGGAACCCACAGGAAGAUCCUCAAUAUAUUGGCUCUCAUGGUUAUAUACAGAAGAAUACAGAAACUAGGAAGAUACUGAGUGAAGGAAAAACCAUUUCUUGCUCAAAUCCCAUACACAAAUCAGUUUUAAAAGAAAGCAUCAGUGCUGUUUGAAAGUGGUAUUGUGUUUCUCGUCCAUGUCCCCAUACUCUGUCAUUUCUCCACUAGUUUUCACUGGUCGGACAAACAAAGGGAUUUCGGCUGGUUUUUUUUCAGCCUCUGUGCCCUACUUCCCUCUUUCUCCAUUUUCCCUCCAUUUGUCUAUUUAUUUUUGUGUUGAUCCAGACUACUCCCUGUUGGCUCCCCUCCCCCUCCCACCCCCAUUCACCGCCCCCCUCCGCCUACUGUGCACCUUCUGCCAGAUCCAGCCUGCGUUCCUAAUUGCUGCUAUCCGGCCAACUCCCUUUAGCCCACCCACCAUCCUGUCCGUUUGCCAGGUGGCCGGCUGGCCAAAUGGUGAUACUCAGAUGCUGCCCAAUCUGCAUGGCUGGCCCGUCUCACUGACCAUUAGCACUGGGCUAAUGGGUCUUUAGGAGAUAUACUGUAACCAGCGCAGGGCAAAGGGGUGGGUGAAGCGGAGUGGUGUUAACUGAAGAUUUUAAGGCUUGGUUCGCCUCAAGUCAACUUAAGAAGCUCAGCCUGUGCUCGAAUAAAUAACCUCGGCUCAGAGCUUUCCUAGAAGGUAAAAGAAAAAGUAUAAAUUGGAUAUGUUGUAUUUAAAUGAGACGCCAAACGACGGCUGGUCUUUGACAUUUGUUCAGUGGAUUGAACUGGUGUGGAGUGGCAUCUUUUUUAAGUAUAAGUGAGCAUGCAGCAGACUGAAAUUUACACAGUGGAACAAACAUAACCUGUUCUGUCCUUUGACAUUGGGACAGAGACAUCUACAGUAAUAGCGUACAAUUAUACAUAACAAUAGAGGAGGUCAUUUUAAAGUAUUCCUUCAGUCUUUAGAGGUUACUACAUCCCUGACAAAAGUUGUAGUUUUCCCAAACCAUUUUAUCUUCUUUAACGCUACUAAUUCCAGUAGCCUUCUUUGAGGCAUCUUUGAAAUGAGGAAACAAAGAAAAUCUUUUUUUCUUUUUUUUUUACUUCAGUGGUAAUUCUUAAAAGGGUUUUAAUGCACUAAAGAUGGCAGCUUUUAAACACCAAAACACAGAAGAUGUCCAUCAUGUUUUCUUUGUGGCCACAACUUUCAAUUACAGGAUAAUAGCAAUUUUUUUUAUUUUUUUUGUUAUAUUGCUGCUGCUAUGUAUCCCUCUCUACCUAAACCUCCCGGAAACUAAGAAAGAAAUCAUUGUCUUUGUGAAGGUUAGGAGCUUAGCAGGAUCUACAGUUGUUAUUCAGCUUUUUAUAAACAGGAGUGAUAGAAAGAGAGCCAUUGUGUAACCAUAGCAACCUUACUAAUGCUUUAUGCCAUGUUAAUGUUUGGUUAAGGAUUUUUAAAAAUGAUUUUCGGUCUAUAUGUUAUUGUUUCAUGUAAUUAUGGACAUAAUGUAAAUUAACACGCAUUCCCACUCCUUUACCACAUACAUUAUUGUUUUUACAUUUUGUAGUACAUGACGACUUACAGCUAUUUCUGAGAAAUGCUCGGCAUGAUGUAUGUGCCUCUGACGUGUGCAGUUACCUGGUAUAAUACCGGUAAAAGGUUCUUUAAUAAAGUUCUACUCUCUG